UCUGGAAUUCUGGGUUCAUAGCUUCCAUAAAUUUGCUAACUGUGGACAUACUAUGUGGCCCAAUAUUAGUGCUGCCCCCUUUUUGCUGACUGGCUUCCCAGGUCUGGAAGCUGCUCAUCACUGGAUCUCCAUCCCCUUCUUUGCUGUCUACAUCUCUGUGCUUCUUGGCAAUGGUACUCUCCUCUGCCUCAUCAAGGAUGACCACAGCCUCCAUGAACCCAUGUAUUAUUUCCUUGCCAUGCUGGCAGGCACAGAUCUGAUGGUGACAUUGACCACGAUGCCAACUGUGAUGGGUGUCUUGUGGAUGAAUCACCGGCAGAUGAGCCAUGGAGCCUGCUUCCUACAGGCCUACUUCAUUCACUCCCUUUCCAUUGUGGAAUCUGGUGUCUUGCUUGCCAUGUCCUAUGACCGAUUCAUCACCAUCCGCACCCCUCUGAGGUAUAACUCCAUUCUUACCAAUUCCCGGGUGAUGAAGGUAGGCCUGGGGGUACUAAUGAGGGGCUUUUUAUCCCUUGUGCCCCCAAUCGUGCCACUCUAUUGGUUCCCAUAUUGCCGUUCCCAUGUUCUUUCCCAUGCCUUUUGCCUCCACCAAGAUGUCAUGAAACUCGCUUGUGCUGAUAUUACAUUUAAUCGUGUAUAUCCAGUUAUUCUGGUUGCUUUGACUUUCUUCUUAGAUGCUCUGAUUAUUCUCUUCUCUUAAAUCUUGAAGACAGUUAUGGGCAUCGCCUCUGGAGAAGAGCGAGCUAAGGCCCUUAACACCUGUGUCUCCCAUAUUAGCUGUGUUCUGGUCUUUUAUAUUACUGUGAUUGGCCUGACCUUCAUCCACAGGUUUGGGAAACAUGCACCACGUGUGAUCCACAUUACCAUGAGCUAUGUCUACUUUCUCUUUCCUCCAUUCAUGAACCCCAUUAUAUAUAGCAUCAAGACCAAGCAAAUUCAGAGAAACAUCAUUUGCUUAUUUUCUAUGCAUAGGAGAACUUGAGGUUUUAUUUCGGAAUCUUGGGAACUCCAGGACUCCUGGACCUUUUCAUAAUUAGAAGGGAC